AUGCUAAAUUUAAAAGUGAUGAUAAUAUAUUUUCUCGUAUACACAUACGUUAGUUUUUUACAUAUGAUCAAUUAAGACAUGUAUCAAAUAUAAAACCUCAUUUUAAUCAUGUAUAUAAACAAUCACAGAUAAAGUCAGAGAGAUACUUAAAAAACACAUUUAGUAGUUUUAAACUGCUCAAGAUAUACAUUCGUAAUGUAAUGGGAGACUUAUAUAUAAUUCCAAAAAGCGAUUUGAUGAAGUUUUUGUCAUUAUUCUUGGGGUAAAAUUGAAAGUCAUAAUAUAAAUGAUGCUUGUUAGAUUUGGCACUUGCAUCAAAUCAUGCUUAGUAUGGAAUGAAAUUAGGUUUAUAAAUUAUAUCAACUUAGGCAACCUAAAGAAAAAGAGUAUUAAGUUAUUGAAUGAUUAUAUUGAAAGAUAAUAUGCCUCAGAUAGUUUGCUGAAGGUUGUAGUUUUUGAAUGA